ACGUUUGUCCGGUCACAGGGUCAGGGCUUAAAUAUAGGGCUUAAAUGCAGACCGUAUGUGCAGACUCAGGUGGUGCAGUGGUCUUCAGUCUAGCUGGUCUUUGAGUUUCAUCUCGUCAGGAAACCCUACUGUCACAAGAUGAAAUUGGCAUUAGCUCUCAUUGUUGCACUCCAGGUGUCGCUGUGCCUGUGUGAAAUUCCAGAACCCGAUCAGGAGCUCGUGGAAAAGUAUGACGGUUUAAAAACAGUGUUCCUCAAGAGGCUUGCUAAUGCCUAUGCGAAUGUCCAUACCACCCUUGAGAAACUGGCUGAAGGUACAAUCACAGGCGAGAAGGUGAAGGAACUCGCAAAGGAUGCCAAUGAAAAUGAGAGGCUGCAAGCCAUUUCUAAGCUGGCCGUUGCUGUGUUUGAGGAGGUGCAGCCUGCCAUAGAUAAGGCACGUAAGGCUGCUCUUGGCAUCUACGGAGAAUUCCUGCGUCCCUACUUCGGCAUUUACCUGGACACUGCCAUCAACAACAUCAAACCCGUGCUGGACACAUGGCUGCCUGCUGAAAGCCAUUAAAACCAAGGCCACAUGACCUCCACCCACUUCCCCUGCACCUCUGCCUGUGCUGCCUGGGAUGCUUUAGCUUUAGCUAUUGAUUUCAAAAUUUCACCCAAAAAUUUCAUAGAUGUGCAAUGUUCCAUGGCUUUACCAGAUACAGCAGAAGAAAUAACAAUGUGAUCAGUAGUCAUGUGCAGGUAUAGAUCAUAGGUGUGUACUGUAUAUAACUGUAUAUUAUGAUGCUCUCCUGUACAUGCAUACACAGGCUAACAUUUGUGCAGCAUUAAUAAAGAAUAAAAACAA